AUGAUACCUAAAGACAUCCUUAUACAAAUAUUCGAAAAACUUCCGGUAGAAUCUCUAUUGAGAUUCAAGUGUGUUUCAAAGGUUUGGUACAACAUGAUUGAAGAUCAAGAAUUUGUUGAUGGUUUUCGCGUUCGUGCCCAUAAUCGUGGAACCAACCUCCUUGUUCGCAAGUCCCGUUUCCAAAAGAAUACCGAUGAAGAAAAUAAUACAGGGGUAAAUCAUUCACAAGUAUAUACUUUCUUCCUAGUAGAUUCAGAAGGCAAAUCUGUUCCUCUUGCCUUUCCAGAUAUUCUUCGGGAAACAUCCUUUCGCUUACAUCAACCUGUUGAAGGAUUACUAUGUUGCAACAACAUCAUAUGGAACCCUACAACAAGAAAGUUCAUUGAUCUUCCCCCUCGUAAUCAGAUGCCCGAUGCUUGGAAGAUCAGCGAGAAGAUGGGAACUACAAGAGGGUAUUACGGUUGGAAUAUCUGGAGUGAAUACUUUUUGGGGUUCGAUGUUUCAACCAAGAAACACAAGGUGUUGAGCAUUUGUCAUGUGAGGCUCGUAAAACCACCCAUUGCCUGCAAAAAGGGUGAUUACGAUGCCCAUGUCUAUGCAGAAGUUUUGACAUUGGGAACAAAUUGUUGGAAAAAGAUUAGUAUAGAUAUUUCUCUCGAACAAGACCUUUGCGAGAGCUUCGAGGUGAAGUCGUCGUGCAGCAUCAAUGGCGUGAUAUAUAGCAUCAUCACUGUCCCUUGCAAAUUGUCUAUAAUGUCCACGUACAUGGGUGGGUGUAUACUAGCCUUUGAUAUAAGUCGUGAGAAACUUCGACUUUUGCCUUUCCCCGAAGAAAACGUUUAUGUUGAGACUGUGGCUUAUCCAGGUGAGCUUGGGGGACGCUUUGCUCUGAUGGAAGUUUUGGACCAAAAGAUUUGGAUACUAGAGGAAGUUUUUGAAGGUGGAAGGUGGACUAGUGUGGAUUUAUCGUUGCCAAAACGUUGGUGUGAUCCUCAUGAAUAUGAACGAGGAUUCAAUGUCUAUCCUAUGGGUAUGGGAUCAGACCAAGACGGUGAGAUUUUAUUUCGAGUUUCUGAGAUUUGUCUAAAGACUCGUAGGGAUUUUGGGGCGACAAUCUUCAGCUACAAUAUGGAGAGCAAAGAUAUGAGGAAAAUCACAGAACUAGAUGACUUUCUCGAUUCCUAUGACGACAUUGUUUUCGGGCUUGUGGAAACGAUACACCCACUUAAGUAG